AUGCCAGGGCCGGACGUGCAGCUUCGAGGGCCGAGGGUGGGGCCUUUGCGCUCUCCUCCACGUUGGGAGGGGUCCGGCGCGUCUGCGACGGGGCGGUGGGAGUCGGGCUGGGCGCAGACGUACGUGAGCUCGAUGCAGCGGUGGGAGAAGGGCAAGGAGCGGCGCAUGGAGGAGUUUGGGCACUCGAAGCAGUGGAAGACGCUCUCGUCGCACGAGGCGCAGCGAGCCCGUACGGCAGUCCCAGUGGUGAGCAGAGCUCUCUUCUCGCAGGCGUACGAGCAGUACAACCUGCGCAAGCGAGACCUCGCUGGGCUGCCUUUCGUCGCAAAGUACAACGUGUACGGCGCGCCGCGCCACACGCGCUUCUACGUCGUCUUUGACGUCCUCCUCGCCGUCGGGCUGCAGCAGUCGCUCCGCGUCGCAGACGAGCAGCGGCCGUACGGGUAUGGCUUCGAGGUCUACGUCUGGGCAAUGAUCUCCGGCGUCGACAUCGCGUCGCCUGCGCUGCAGCUGGAGCUUCCUCCCAGCCUGCUCCGGACCACCGUGUACCACGGCGUCUCGUGCUUGCUCGCGCCGCACGAGAUCGACUCUCUGCCGACGGCGCUCGGCGUCGAGGCGCGCAAGGCGGAGAUGACGCCGCUGCAGUACCUCAGCAGAGGCGCCCGCUCGUACCCCGCUCUGGCGGCUCGAGGCGUCGUCACGGCCGCAGCCGUGAGCAGGCGUCGGCCUCACGCACGCAACCCGGUCUACGACGCCGCCGGCUCGAUCGCCGUCGGGGGAUUGAUGGGCGCCGUCGCCAUCUUCAUCAUCAACCGGAGCCAGACCUCCUCGGCAGGGCGGCGGCUCGUGCGCCUUCCCCCGACCCUCCCCCGACCCUUCCUGCACAGGAACCGCACCUUCCUUGGCCAGUCGGCGGACGAGAUGGUCCUGACGGUGCAGGACGUCAAGUCGGUGCUGGUGGGGCCGCAGAGCGCGCGCUUCAAGGCCGAGAUCCACUUCAACCCGCAGCUGCUCUCGGACAAGUACCUCGCCGCGCACAACAACCUGCGCGAGGUGCACAAGACGUGCCGCGCGGUCGAGACGGAGGAGGACGCGAAGCGACUCUUCGAGCGGUCCGCCGUCUUCCUCCUCGCGACUCUCUCCAUCGAGGCGGCAGCGCCGGCCGCCCUCACGCGACGUGCCCACAAGCAGCAGCCGCGGGACCUUCCUUCGGCCUCGCCCCACACACCGCAGACACGGGCACGCAGAGUGAUUUCGCCGCUCUCCUCGCCGCAGGUAGACCGGCUGGAGCACAUCGUGCGCACGGCGUACCCAGAGUUCAAAUACAUAGACUUGGAGGUGUUGUGA